GAGUAACUUGUGCUCAGUCAAACCGAGGGUUAGCAACAAAAUGGAUGUCUCUUUGCCUGGUAGCCCGUUUAGACCAGCAAUGGGAAGGUAUUCUUUAUUACCUUCUGCGUCUAACUGGGCGAGUGUUUCAGAAGAAGCUGAGAACGUUACGUCGGUCGCGGAAGAACCAGACAAUAGAAAAAAGUUGUCAACAUUUUUUGGUGUUGUGGUGCCGGUCACUUUGUCCAUGUUCUCAGUUAUUCUGUUUUUACGCCUUGGAUUUAUUGUUGGCCAGGCUGGUUUAGUUAUAUCAAUUGGCAUGUUUGUGGUGGCAUACUUUGUGGUAGGAAUAACAGUGCUAUCCAUCUCAGCUAUUGCAACCAAUGGUGCAGUCAAAGAGGGUGGAGCCUACUAUAUGAUCAGUAGAACAUUAGGUCCAGAGUUUGGUGGUUCUAUUGGAGUUAUUUUUUACUUCGCAAACAUCUUUGCAUCUGCUCUCUAUCUCCUAGGUUUUGUCGAAGCCUUGUUGAAUAACUUUGGCCGUCAUUCUUCAUCCCACGCAUUAAGUUUUUUGUAUGAAGGCAGGUGGUAUUCAUUUGGAUAUGCUUCACUAGUCCUGUUUUUGUGUCUACUAGUGUGCCUGAUUGGUGCAGGAAUGUUCGCAAAGACCUCUUUUAUAAUUUUUCUAGCUGUUCUGGUUGCUGUUGCAUCUUCAUUUGUCAGUUUCCUGAUCAUGCAUCAUAAAGAUCACAUAUCACCAGGAGCCGGAAAUACUAAGAAUGAUUCGUACGAUUACACAGGCUGGAAACGUAAAACAUUUAACAGAAAUCUGUGGCGUGACUUUAGUAAAGACUAUACAACAGGUCAUGAAGAAAAUGCAUUGACAGUGUUUGGAGUACUGUUUAAUGGUGUCACUGGAAUCAUGGGUAUGGAUGGUGUUUACAAAUUCACUACAUGGAUUUUGAUUUUUACCAGUGCUACUUGUACAAGACCUUUACUUAAAAACAACUACAACUAUAUUCAGGUGAUAAACAAAGUACCCUGGUUAAUUACUGUAGGGGCAUUUGCUGCCACUCUUUCAGCAGCUCUCAGCUGUCUUAUAGGUGCUUCACGAAUUUUACAAGCUCUUGCUAAGGAUGAUCUUCUAGGUGUCUUGCUGCGUCCAUUUAGUAAAGUCACUCGGAGGAAUGGAGAACCUGUGAGAGCUGUCCUUAUCUCAUGGUUCUUUGUACAGAUUGUCCUCUUAAUUGGAAACUUGAAUAAAGUAGCUGUGCUGGUCAGUAUGUUCUUUCUGCUGUCAUAUGGAGUUACCAACAUGGCCUGUUUUGCACUCAAAGUCGCAUCUGCACCAAACUUUAGACCAACAUUUCAGUAUUUCUCGUGGCAAACAGGUCAGUGGAUUUCUUAUAACCGUUGUCCCCACUCUCUGUUCUAUAUGCCCAAGCUCAUGUUCUGUAUUGACAGUCAUACAAGUAGAGAACGUGCAUUUUGCCAUGUUUUCAUGGAGUUCUGCGAGGAGCAAAGGCGUAACGUAACAAAUUGGUUGAAUUUUGUUGACUGCACGGAGAUAAAAGCGUUUGUGGAGCUGACUGUUUCAAGUGCUAUACGAGCCGGCGCUCAGAACUUACUGAUGGCCUCUGGACUUGGAGGAAUGAAACCAAACACUCUUGUUUUAGGGUUUUUUGAUCACGAGCUGCCUGUUGAGUGUUUUUCUCGUGGAAUAUAUCGAAAACAUAGAUUUCCGUGGAUGAGAGGACAGAGGAAAGAUGAAAUCUACCGGAGUGUGCAGUUACAGCUUCCACCACUCAGGACACAUCCUGGACAUCAGACAAUGACUUUAAAGGAUUAUGUAGGAAUUAUCAAGGAUGCUGUUUUAUUGGGGAAGAAUGUCUGCAUAGCCAGAAACUUCGCACAGUUGGACAAAAACACACUUAACAAAGAAGGAUAUAUCGAUGUUUGGCCGAUGAAUACCACUGUAGUGGGUGAAGGAUUGGUUCUGGGUCCUUAUGACUACACGUUCUUGCUCAUUCUUCAGUUGAGUUGUGUUCUACACAUGGUGCCAUUCUGGGAAACUAGAUCCAAGCUUCGAGUCAUGCAGAUAGUCGAGACUGAUGGUGAGGAUCACCAUAAUACGCAACAUGAAACCCUCACACGUCUACUCAAAGAACUUCGCAUUCCUGCUGAAGUCAGGAUGAUUCACAUGACACGUGAAGGCCUGUCUCUGACAAGGAACGCCGAUGGACUGGCGCCGGCUACUGACUGGUAUCGAACAGUGAAUCAGCUGAUUAGAACUCACUCUGCAGAAGCAUUUGUAGUAUUUACCGGCCUUCCCCAUCCUCCACACGAAGAAAACAUGGCUCAGCAAUUUAUCCAAGAUAUCACUGUUCUUUCAGACAAUCUUCCUCCAUUGAUGAUGGUUUACGGAAAAUCCACAGUUGUAUCAACGUCUCUAUGAAGAGCGGAUCAGUUGAUUAUUUAUAGGCAAUAGCUUGUAUUUAGAGAGAUUUAUUUAGACUGGCCACUAAGCACGCUUUCAGGAACUAAAAACAUGUUUCUCCAUAGUAUGAAAAACAGACAGUUUGAUUUUGUUUUGCGUGCUCAGUAGGAACAACUCUACUAUGAAUAUGAUGUAGGGGAACAGGAACAUUCUGCUGGGAUAUUUUUUAACCGGACAUUGCGAUAUUCAAAAUUUUUAACGGGAAGCUAGAAAUAAUGUAACAGGCCGAGGGCGUUGCAAAAAAGCCCACUCCAUUUAUAUCAUAAUAUAAGGAAACUAAAGCCUUCUCUGGUGUAACUUGAUCUCCUUUGAUUUCAUAAAACACCCCGGUUAUUUGAGAACACUUUGGCAAUAAAGAAAACACCCCUGUAUGUUUCUAUCGUGUUUAAAAUGAUACCCGUCAUGUUUUAAUUUAGGUUUUUGGAUUUUUUCAUUUCUUAACGUAUUUCAUAACCACUUUUAACACUUGAAAAAUCUGACAAUUGGCACUAAAUAGUCAAAACUAGACACAUGAAAAUUGAAAUAGUUUCUGAUGGUUUCUAAGUGUGAAGCAACUACUUUGAGGGUUAAGAAAAAAACAAUUUGUAUCAAAAAAUCUCCAGAUAGAGUCUACAUAAAAUAAAGUUAUACUUAUUAUCAAGAUGAGUCUGCUUAAAGCAAGAACAGUAUAUAAAACAAAGACCAUUUACAACGUAGAAGUGUAUGGUAAAAAGUGCAAUUAUUGUACAUUUAUAACUGAUGGAACAUUAUAUUAUAUAGGUUUUAUGUCGUAGCAGAAACGGAUGCGUUUUUACACGUAAAAUAGUUUUAUAAUGUUUGUAGUAAAUUAAAUAAUUGACCUACUGAAUAAAAACAUGUUUGCACAUAACAUGUAUAUAACUAUGA